AUGAGGUCCAUGGUUUCGACCAAUCUCUUUGGGAACAAGAACACGAAAACAUUGUGCUCACCGGCUCAUACGCAAGAAUGUCAAAAUUCCGAGUUACGAAAUCAUCUCCUCGGAUCUGGUGACAAAAUCCUUGCCGAAGCCAGUCCUUACGACCGUGUUUGGGGCAUUGGCCCCCAGGCCGAUCAUCCUGACGCUAGAUGCACAUCUAGAUGGCGCGGCCUCAACCUGUUAGGCGCCACCCUACAGAACAUGGAAGUUACCAACUUCGCUAUGCAGGCAAACCUUCCGUUCAACUUCACCCAGAGCAUAGCCUCAUUCAGCGCACCCGUCACGUAUCGCCCCUACCGCGUUAAUCCCUCGGUGGCGAAACAAGUUGACGCGAUCCUUGACCAAUAUCUUGCGGCAGGUUUGAUCCAACAUUCGACCUCGCCUUACUCGAGCCCUUUGGUAGUCAUACCGAAGAAAUCUGGUGGUGUUCGCAUCACCGUCAAUUGUCGUAAGCUCAACAAGCUUUGUGCUUUGAGUCAGCUUCCGAUUCCUCGAGUCGAUGAUACUUUGGACAAGUUGUUGAAAGGGCGAAUUUAUUCCCUUCUCGACAUGAAAUCUUCGUUCCACCAAAUCACGGUGCACCGCGAUACAAUCCCUUUGACGGCAUUCGUGACGUCUUCCGGACUUUUCGAGUGGUUGAAGAUGCCUCAAGGCAACUUCCUCGGACACACCAUCUCCCCUGACGGCGUUAGGCCUAACGGUGCCAAGGUUUCGGCCCUCACCAAAAUGCCUAUGCCCAGGGAUGUCAAGCAACUGCGUUCCCUUCUCGGUGGUCUCAGCUACUACCGUAAGUUCCUCCCCAAUACGGCUAAACGCAUUCGACCUCUGACUACUCUACUCAAGAAGCAGGAGAAGUUAAUCUUCACCCCUUCCAUGGAGCAAGCCGUUCGCGUUAUGUUAGCUGAGUUGGCCAAUCCCCCUGUUUUGGUUUAUCCAGAGUGGGAUGGUGUUUCAGACGGCUCGCGACCUUUUCAUCUUUUACUGUGACGCUAGUCGCGAUGGGUUUGGUGGGACUCUCGAACAAUAACAGCCAGAUGGUUCGAU